AUGGCGGUGGCCAGGAAAAUCAAAACUUUAUUGACGGUGAACAUCUUGGUUUUCGUGGGCAUCAUCCUCUUCUCGGUCUACUGCAGGAUCCAGGACCGCUCCCAGGAGCUGGUGCAGAUCGUCCGGAGCGCCGACCGACGGAUGAGGGGACGGAAUGCCAAAGUGGGAGCCCUACUAGACAGGGAAGCCAUCCUCCAACGGUUGGAUCAUCUGGAAGAGGUGGUGUACAACCAACUCAAUGGUCUAGCCAAGCCAAUGGGAUUAGUUGAAGGCCCAGGAGGUUUGGGCCAAGGAGGAAUGGCUGCCACACUAAGAGACGACAGUCAUGAAUCUGAAAUGAAAUAUGAAGAAUAUGGUUACAAUGCGCAACUGAGCGAUCGGAUUUCCUUGGACAGAUCUAUUCCAGACUAUAGACCCAAAAAGUGCAGACAGUUGUCUUAUCCUGAAGACCUUCCUCAAAUCUCGGUGGUCUUUAUUUUUGUCAACGAAGCCUUGUCCGUCAUCCUACGCUCUGUGCACAGCGUUGUGAAUCACACACCGUCCCACUUGCUCAAGGAGGUAAUUCUGGUGGACGACAACAGCGACAACGUUGAGCUGAAGUUUAAUUUGGACCAAUAUGUCCACAAAAGAUACCCCGGUUUGGUGAAAAUAGUUCGCAAUAAUAAACGAGAAGGGUUGAUACGUGCAAGGAUCCAAGGAUGGAAAGCUUCGACGUCUCCAAUUGUUGGUUUUUUUGAUGCUCACGUUGAAUUCAACACCGGCUGGGUGGAGCCAGCCCUGACACGAAUUAAAGAGGACCGCAAACGGAUUGUCUUACCUGCUAUAGACAACAUUAAGUACAAUACUUUUGAAGUGCAACAAUAUGCCAACGCUGCCCAUGGCUACAAUUGGGGCCUUUGGUGCAUGUACAUCAUCCCACCACAGGACUGGCUGGACAGAGGAGAUGAAUCCGCACCAAUCAGGACACCAGCCAUGAUCGGGUGUUCGUUUGUGGUGAAUAGAGAGUACUUCGGAGAGAUUGGCCUGCUUGAUCCUGGCAUGGAGGUUUACGGAGGAGAAAACAUUGAACUCGGUAUGAGGGUCUGGCAGUGUGGCGGGAGCAUGGAAGUCCUGCCUUGCUCCCGGGUGGCUCACAUUGAGCGCACCAAGAAACCUUACAACAACGACAUCGACUAUUACGCCAAACGCAAUGCCCUGCGUGCGGCUGAAGUGUGGAUGGAUGACUUCAAAUCCCACGUGUACAUGGCGUGGAACAUACCAAUGACGAACCCUGGCGUUGACUUUGGAGACGUGUCAGAAAGGGUUGCUUUAAGGCAACGUCUGCAGUGCCGGAGUUUUAAGUGGUACUUGGAGAAUGUCUACCCUGAAAUGAGGGUCUACAACAACACCAUCACGUAUGGAGAGGUACGCAACAGCAAAGCUAGUGGAUACUGCUUGGACCAGGGCGCAGAAGAUGACAAUAAAGCCAUCCUCUAUCCAUGCCAUGGAAUGUCUUCCCAGCUCGUCCGUUACAGCACCCAAGGAUUGUUGCAACUGGGCCCCCUGGGAUCCACAGCGUUCCUACCCGACUCAAAAUGCCUGGUAGAUGAUGGGAAAGGAAGGACCCCCGCACUGAAGAAAUGUGAAGAUACGCUGAGACCAACCCAGCGACUCUGGGACUUCACACAGAAUGGACCCAUCAUCAACCGAGAUACUGGCCGGUGUCUAGAAGUAGAAAUGUCUAAAGAUGCCAACUUCGGACUUAGAUUGGUAGUACAGAGAUGCUCGGGGCAAAAAUGGAUGAUCAGAAACUGGAUAAAACAUGGAAGGCAUUGA